CUCUUGGCUCUGCUCGGACGGGUGUCUCUGCCUGGAGGUUAAGGAUAGGGUCUGGCGUGGGAAUCUGCCAAGAUGGGCGGUGCGUCCAUCCUCAGUACAGCUAUGGGGGCAGGGAUGGGGAGACAUAGUGGCAUCUAGUGUGGAGGGCUGUAGCUUGAACUUUCCCCGCGCGAGACCACCAUCGCCAUUCCGGACGGGACCCUGCCCCUCCCCCUUCCUGGAGCGUGACCCCCUCCUCCUCGCCCCGAGGCCUUUGGCGACUGGGUCCGUUGGGCCAGAACCAUGGAGGAAAAGCCUUUCAAAGCGUUGGCCAGGUCUUCGGGCCACCGUGGCUCAGGCAAGUCGAGCCCGCACGACAUCCGGAAUCUGUGGACCGCGGCCACGCCGUCGCAGCCGAAGCUGAAUGUGCCGCUGCCUACUGUCCGUGAGGACUCGGAACUGGAGGGCAGCAGCGUGGGCAGCAAGACUCGCUGGUCUUACAACCGGAAGGCUGGCCACGACUCGCACGGUGGCUGGGAAGAAUCGGAUGACGGAGAGGACAAGGACAACUUCAAGCCAGAGGAGCUGGACGAGCACGCCUUGAUGGAGCUGGAGAUGCGCCGCGGCAGCUGCCUGGGAGGCCCUUUAGAGGAGGACGAUUCCAAGACCGACAACGAAGAGUCUUCCUCAGUGUCAUCGCUCAAUAUCUUGAAGCACACACCCCAUCGAGCCUACUGGGUGGAGCAGCAGAGCAGGCUGCCCCUGCCCCUGACUGAACUCAUGGAGAAUGAAGCUCUGGAAAUCCUCACCAAAGCCCUCCGGAGUUACCGAUCGGAGAUCGGCCGGAACCACUUCCUGACCAAGCAGCUGCAGCGAUACAUCGAGGGGCUCAAGAGGCGCCGGAACAAGAGGCUGCAAGUCAUGGUGAUCUGAGAGCACCGCCUCGGGCUCGAGUGACCGCCCGACUCCAGCCCUGGUCCCAGAUCCAAGCCCGACCCUGUCCACGUGGAUUUUGAGCCCUAGAGAAAUAAAAGAGUCUUCUGUACAUGGUCCGUGAGUCAAUGCGUGGCUGCCCGCGUGAGGCGGACGCACGUGGCCCCGCCUUUCCCUGUGACCUUCACUCGGUCACCGCAGUGACCUUGAGCGUUCUCGGUUCGGGCCUAUCGGCUCCCUCUUCCCGUGACUCGAAAUCCAGGACUUCUUGCACGUAUUAGGUCUGCUUCUCCCACUCCGGGUUCAGCAGCUUUAUGGGGAUAUUGGGUGAGCGGCCCAAGUGCCCCGAUUGUG